AUGAGCAAGAAUUUCAAGUCACAGGCCUCCGCCUCGAGUGCUCGUGCCGCUUCUGCUGCCUUUGGGUCGUCCUCGACCCCGGCCUUCGGCUUCGGCGCUUCACCACAGCCAUUCCAGACUGCGCCUUCUUCGCUAUCUUACAUUGCCGAACAACCAGAUCUCAGCAUUGUCUCCAACCCGAAUCUGGUUGUGUGCCUCCGAAAUCUUGGCAAAAAGGACAGCACUACAAAGACGAAAGCCCUUGAGGAGUUACAGGACUAUGUAAACUCGUUGACCUCGAGUAACAGCAUUGAUUCUGGCCUCCCGGAAGCAUGGGUCACCCUAUAUCCACGUACUUCCAUCGACAAUGCACGCAGAGUACGCCAACUUGCACAUGCCCUGCAAGGCUCGAUUACUGCUCUCACCGGCAAACGAAUCGCACCUCAUCUACCAAAGGUGAUAGGGGCAUGGCUUUCUGGCUGCUAUGAUAAUGACAGGUUGGUGGCACGAACUGCCCAGGAAUCGGUGGCGGCUGUUUUUGCGACAGAGGAUAAGAGACGGGCUCUAUGGAAAGUGUACAGGAAUGCCCUUUUACAGUACGCCAACGAUGCCAUCUUGGUCCAGACACCCCAAACCUUGAGUGAUGAACGGUCGACCACGCCAGAUGAUUCGGAAGCAAAGUUUGUUCGAGUUGCUGGAAAUGCCAUGCAGAUGCUCAGCCAAACUAUCAAGGUCAACUUCGUCCCAGAGUCGGACACCAGCAAGCCUGAAAUUCCCGAGAGUCUCGGGAAGAUUGUGGUAGACAAACGACUUUGGGAAUAUUCGUCGCACGAGGAUCCCAAUCUUCGAAGAGCAGUUUGUGGCCUCGCCAGCAUCUGCGCGGAUGUGAUCUCUGAGCAAUUGGACUGGAAAGUCCUGAGUGCUUGCUUCAUUGGCAAAGCCUUGCACCGCAGCCAGCUGGGAUCAUCCCAUCAACUGUUAGAAGCGCUUCUGACUCUUACCUCAGUUCGGCCAGAGGUGUGGACCAAGGACUACUCAUCGAAAACAACGGUGUCGAAGAGAAUUUCUCAAUACCUGCGGAAAGGCUCACAACGAGGUCCGGCGGACUUCUGGGUUGACAUUGCGUCGCUCCUCAGGAAAAUUCCACUUCAGGCUUGGAGCGCGGUUUCCACUAAUGGGAGUGUCCCCGUCAAUGAUGCUACGACAUUGCUUGAGUCGUUACGAAUGGGAAUAACUAGCAGUGAAGAACCACGCCAAAACCUUGAAACUGCUUGGCCCUCUUAUGUUGAUAUCUCCUUCUGGACAACCCGCCUGUUAGGAGAUGACGAGUCUAGAGCCUUACUACUGGAACAAAAUGUCCUGCCUUUGCUCUACCAAUAUAUUGUUCAAGAUCCUAAGCAAACUGCGUGGGAUAUUCCCAGAACUUUCAACGUCAAGAUUACGGCUUCUAUCCUCGUCCAACUCAUUCGAUGCGACUGCCAACUCUUGUUCAAGAAGGCAUGGGACCAUUGCUGUGAGCAACUCACUACCAGCAUGAAGCUAUCUCUGCCUGGAGGCUCGAAAGACUUCGCACAGUCACAGGACAACGUGAUCGCGCAGGCCCAACGCAUGUUCCGCCUCAAGCCCCUUGUUGUCGGGGACAAAUCUCUGUCCCCAUCUGGCCUGGCGUAUGUGGUGGACCUCUUUCAGGAGUCAGAUAACUCUCUACUGAAUGCUGCUUUGCAACUCUUGAAAGCACGAAAUGGCAAACCAUACGGAGCAGCCGCUGUUCUCGAAGCAGUCACAUCCCCAAUGGAAACAAUAACGUCAAAUUCGCUUGGAGAGUUCCUUGGCUCACAUGCUGUCGACCUCCUCACAAGCCCGUCUGCCGAGUACUUGUCCUUGAUCCUGCUGCAUUUCCAUCGGAAUCUGAAGCAAGCAUUCACGAAGUUGAUGAGCGCGCAAACGGAUGCCAGCAUUAAAGCGCUUGCACGACUUCUAAGUCAAUCUUCUGAGGAUGAUCUCGUUCAAGUUCCUGAAAUCGAGCCUUUCGUCAUACACCAGAUAUCGUCACGACUCGAGAAUGGCUUUGCACAAGAUAUUGUAAGAAGUGUACUAAUGAAUUCCAAACUCGUUCCAUCCAGUUUGCACAAGAAUUGCUGCCAGACGAUUUUGGCCCAAUUGUCACCCGACGCCGAUCCGGUGUCACAGCUCGCACUUCUUCGGUUCCUGCUCAAUAUAUUCAGCGAUCAGCGGUCGACUCAUUCUCUUUUCGUCACCGGUAUAGAAAGCGUUAUCGUCACGAAGCUACUCGUUCUCUCUGAUUCUGACAACGCGGAAAUAGCAGACCUAGCGACCUCGCUCAUAACAAAAGUCAAAACAUUGCCUACAGGAGCAUCGUCUACGGUAGCUUCUUCCGCUGCUGUCAUAGCAGACCAACUAUCUGGGAAGGGUAUCCCUCUUUCCAUCCUCUUGCUCAUUGAUCUCGCGAAAGACACCCUCAAAGCUGCACAACCGCACGAACAUAGCGUGAUUGCCACCCUCUUCCCGUCUUCCGGUCAGUGGAGUGCUGCUCUCGAAGGUCAUAUGCACAAUCCACCACCUCUUCCACUCUCAAUCACAACCCCUCUUCACGGACUAGUUUUCAUGAUUCAGCCUGCGGAAGCUGUCACGCACAAGAAGCCAUUCGAAGACCCCGACCAAUUCUCUUUGUUAUUUCGGCUUGUUCUCUAUGUGACAAAGAUACUACUCGACACCGAAUUGAUGACCCACCAAUCAGAGGAGCAACUCCAAACGCUGUGCACUUAUUAUCCCCUAGCUCUACAAUUCGUCAAUCAGAAGUUGACAUUUGAGGCUGCAAGUGAUCUCUGGCAAAAUACGACCGACGACAUCACGGAAGAGGCGGUCGAAUUACUUGCACAAGGUAAUUCUAUGAUUCAGAAGUGGGUUCAAGACGAUAGGAUGCUUAAAAUAUGGACUGAGGAGGUCCGUUCCAUAAAGCUCUUAGACCCGCGGGCUUUCUAUUACAGCUUGACCUUCACCGAUGUCGUAUCGCGUUACAUUGACGAACACGGCCUUGCAUCGAUAACGUCCAUGCUCAAAGAGGAAAUGAAGGACAUGUACCGACUAGAAGAGGUUGCGCGGUCAGCUAGUCUGAUUUGCACCUUUCGGGACCAUCUUAUCAACUCACAAGAAGGCCGUAAACUACUCAAUGAGCUGGUUGCCACCGGAACCGACUUAACCCCCUCUGAUACAGGCGGCAAGGGUUUACAGGCACUCAUUUUGCUAGACCUUCUCCUAGAUGGACAAUCUGGACCGCUAGAGACAAUUCCUAAUCAGCGGCAGAUCUUCUUGAUGCAAACACUUGAACGUGUAGCGGGCGACGCUUCCGCUGGACUGGCUUGUCAAACAAUGGCCAUGAAACUUCUCGAGCCAAUUGUUGCAGCCACCAAAGAUAUCUAUGGCGAGCACUGGGAACGCGUUCUGCAAAGCCUGGGUGCCUUGUGGCGAACUGGCAGUGACUUGAACAACGAUCUCGCUCUGCUGCAUGCAUCACUGCGGGUAUAUGGACGUUUAAGAGAUCUAACCACUGCUGAGGAUGCGAACGAAGACUUGGUUGAAGCCUGGAAAGUCUCACACCCGGCUCUAGAAGAUGGACUGUUGCAUUGUUUAAACAGCUUCAAUAAACCAAGCAAUGAGGUCAACCAGCCGCGUCAGAUUACAGCUGAACUACUUCGAAGGCAACUUUCACAGGUCAAUGUGCGGCCUGAUGCACAUCUAUACGAGCUCGUGUCGUCCCCAGAGGCUCCAGUCCGAAGAGCUGCGUAUGACCUUCUGCACCGGUCCAUCCCCUACGAACAGCAACAAAUUUCACUAGAUAUUGCCCUCGAAUCAAAAGUUUUUCACCUCCCAUCGGAACUCUUGAGUGUGCUAUUAGAUACGCCACGAACGCCGAGCCCAGGAGUCGCAGCCUCGCUUCAGAGUUAUUUGCUUUCGUGGCACUUACUCUUUGAUCACUUUCCAAGGGCGUCGUACAAGCUCCGGGCGUACUACAGUACAGAUAUCAAGGAAAAUGCCACACUCGGAGGCCUUCUAGAUUUACUUUGCGAUCUGUGCCGGAUCACGAGCAGCCGCCCACUUGAUGCUUCGAAAAUCGACAUCAGAUCCUUUGAACUUGAUAGGGACGAAACAGAUGAACAAGAGCAACAGCACCUGGCUGUGCACCUCUACUACUGCUGUCUGUUAUACCUUCCUGGACUCACGCGAAGCUGGUUCAUUGAGCAAAAGAACCGAAUCAAGUCGCCGUUGGAGAGUUGGACUCAGAGGUAUUUCGCUCCAGCCCUGAUAUCAGCGGCGGCAGCAGCGGUCAUCGAUUGGAUACAAAGCCAAUCACAAGAGGAGACGGACGCCCCGAUGACGGUCAAGACAUCACUCAGUGGCUCUGAAGUGGUGGCGUCGAUUGCCAUAGAUCCUGAAUCACCGCCCAUAUCUUUGGCGAUUUCUCUGCCUAAAUCAUAUCCUCUGGACUCUCCGGCCGUGUCUUCCCGAACCCGAGUAGGUGUUUCGGAGAAGAACUGGCAGUCGUGGUUACGGACUUUUCAGAUUAUCAUCUUCAGCACCGGCAGCAUUAUCGAAGGUCUCAUUGCCUUCCGACGCAAUGUUCAGGGUGCGCUGAAGGGCCAGAGUGAGUGUGCCAUCUGCUACUCCAUCAUCGGCACAGAUAUGCAAACCCCGAACAAACGCUGUGGAACCUGUCGCAACACGUUUCAUGGAGCCUGUCUCUUCCGAUGGUUCAAAAGUUCCAAUAGCUCGAGUUGUCCUCUGUGUCGAAACAAUUUCAACUACGCCUAA